AGAUGCAGCACUUGCGGAAAUGGUGAGAGUGAAUCGUUAUUUUUCAUGAAAAUAAGUUUCAAAGGCGAAUAGUGCUGGCGGGUGGUGAUCGCGGUGCUGGUUGGACUUCCCCAAUCCCUGUGCCAUUGCAUCAGACCGCUCCGCUCCGGUGGUGGCGAAGGUGGCAGCAACAUGGAGAGGUGCAUUCAGGCGAGCAUCAACACAAACGGUGGGUCCGAAGGCUGGUACGACCCUGACCCCUACUGCGUCAGAUUUGACCUGUCUCGAGACAUGACCGACGCCGAGGUGGAUAAGCUGCCCAAGCUCGUAUAUGGCAACCGCGACGUGAAGGCGCAGCACCUCGCAGGGCGCGCACUGGCGGACAGCGGUCUGCUGGGCGUCUUGAUGGAGACGCCGGAGCUUGCGAAGCCGGAGGGAUUGAAGCUGACCAUCACGAACUUGUACACCCUGAAGUCUGGCAAGCAUGUCAACUUGACCGGUGGUGGCAUGAUUCAUCUGUGUGCCUACUACGGUUCGCCACGCUCAGCCAGCGAAAUUGUCCGCGAUUUCGGCUCCGACCAAGUGAACCUGCGCUCGGAAUGCAAGCGAUGGACACCGUUGUUUGUGGCCUGCAAUGGUGUGGAGAAGAAGAUGAUCAAGUUCCUCUGUCGAAACGGCGCAGAUCCCUGGGAAACAAUGGAGCCGCCAGGAGAGCCGCCGCUGAAUGUGUUGCAGUACUGUCUGAAGAUCAACGAACUGGCCUCCGUCAAGUGUCUCCUCACCAGCGGUGUGAAUGUCAACAAAGUGCCUGAGACUGGUGACUUGCUACUGCACAUGGCUAUCCGGAUGAACAAGCACGAUGCGGUGGAGUUCCUGCUCACACACGGCGCUAUUGUGCAUGUCAAACAGAAUGGAGAUAAUUGCCUUCAUGUAGCUGCCGCCGUCAAGGAACCGAAUAUGGAGACAAUCGAGCUUCUUGUCUCUUACGGUGCCCGUGCCUUUGAGACGGAUUCGAAUGGCAACACCCCAGCAAUGAUCGCAACCUCCUGCCAGCACACUAAACUUGCGGCUUAUUUGAAGGAAGUUGAAACGCGGCAGAUUACGGUUCCCGAGCUGAAACCCGGAAGCACUGUGUUUGUGCAUGUCCACGGCGUGUCGAAUGCCGGCGUAUCCACCCUGAUCGAGAGCUUGAAGGCGCCACAUACGUACUCCACUCCAUGUCACCUCAACACCGGCUGUUCCGGCGACGGGCUGGACGGCUUGAUGACGUCCUCGCACCCGGACCCCGCACUGGACGUCGACGUUCGUUAUGUGGACUUCGGGCAGCGCGAGCACUUCGACGGAAUACACGCGCAGUUCUUCCACAGUCAUCCGGUGGUGCUGCGCGACGCCGACAACGGGACCGGCAGAGCUGCUUCUCCUGUUGUCGUCCUCAUCGUUGUCAGUGCUCUAUCACAGGGCUCCGAGCUGGAGGACCAGCUGGCUGUUGUGUGCCAGGAGUACUCGGCAGUUCUGCAAGACACAGAGAAUGCUCCCCGACUUCAGGUUCUCGUGGCGUACACACAUCUGGACUCUAUGAAAAUGACGGACAAGUUUCGGCCAAACGCGGUGCUGUUUGGCGUGCGUGAGCGCUUUGCACAGUAUCUGUGCAUCCAUGACAAGGCGUACUUUGUGGACGCAAGAAUGGCGCUGAAGCCAGAGCUCGCACGCCUGCGUCAGUCCGUGAUCUCAUGCUGUACACAGACAAUGGCUGAUUGUACACCAAUGGAUACACAGGUGUGUGCAGCAGUGUCCGCUAUGCCAGCAGUCAGGAACAAAGCUGGUCGUCGGGUUGUCAGCACGGCAGAGUUCGCCUCCAUCCUGGACACUUGCCUUCAGCAGGCAGGCAUCUCCGUAUCCAUGGAUACCGCCGAUGACAAUGCCACGACGCCGAGUAGUGCCAUGAGCAUGCUUGAAGCGCUGCAUGCUCACCGGGAGGUUGAGUAUAUCCGCAACGCCGACUUGGUCGUUCUGCAGCCGACGGAGCUGUGGACGUCCGUGAUCUCACGCCUGGCACGACUGCGCGACGAGAACUGCUUCGAGAGGAAGAUCACACGCGUGGUCGAGGUCGAACUGCCGCAGAGAAAGUUUGGCGAGGACCCGAAGCCUGACAAUACUCACAUGGCCAGCACCAGCUACUCGGCAAUACACACGGACAGCAUGCUGCAGGCGUUUGAAAGCUUGAGAGACGAGCUCACGGAUGAUCAACUGGCGGCUAUCGUCAAGCAUAUGACUGGAGCUGGUGCGGUCCGUGACAAGCUCUUCAUCAUGAGUUGCAGGCGUCCGUCGGCACCGGUCAACUAUCGCCUCGGACGCUGGCCCCGCGACGCGAAGUACGUCAACUUCGCAGGUCGACGGUUCAAGCUCGUCGGGCGGCCGGCAUUCGGCCAGGCGUUUGUCAACGCACUGCUCACGAGCGUGUUUGCCGACCUGCGACUGCGCUACGCCAAGGAGCUGCUCGUCUGGCGGGACGGCGUGACCGGCUGGGCGCCGGGCGAGCGCGCCGAGAUCAGCGUAUCCACGGCGACCAGGCUCGACUUUAUCGACGUGGUGGUGCGGAGUCGCACCAACGACCUCCGGCACAUGUACGCGCUGCUGCACCUGACACGACAGCGUGUUCUGGAGCUUCACACGCGCUUUUCGCCCAGCUUAUCAUUGGAGGAAUUGGUGAUCAGCUCGCGUAAUAUCAUUGAUCACGUACAGCAGCAGUACUCGGUUGACCGGCCGCCCACGCCCGUCGAGAUGUUCACAUUCUACACGCUCGCCGAGGUGGAGGUGGCGGCCAAGACGAACGCGGCGCUGUGCUGCAACGUGACGUACAGCGUGGAUCGUCCACUCGACAUGCUGUGCGUGCCGUCCGAUCACGUCUCCCUGGCGACGGACGAGCUGCGCAUGUCGCUCUUUGCCGCCCUGCCGAAAACGAGCUCUGGCACGGAAAAGUCCUGGGCCGAUCUUGCCAAGCUGCUGGGCGUGCGGGAGAAGAAAGUCGACGUCAUCGGCGAUACGUUUCCUACCGAUCCGCUGAAGCGUGUCUUUGAUAUGUGGGGUGAUCGGAGCGCAGACAACACGGUCGGUGAGAUCAUUAGGGUUCUGUCAGAGAACGCUGUCGGUGAGGAGUGGAUGCCAGCCAUUGAACUUCUCAAGCAAGAGCUGGACAAGCCGUUCAUCGGAACACGUCACCUGUUUGCCGGUAUCGACAUCAAGCCAGUGGAGGAUGAAGAUAACAAAGCACCUCCGACAGUGCCUGACGAGGUACCCAUGGAAUAAUGAGGUAACGACGAGAAGGUGUUGUGCAGGCACGAACUGCUCGCCCCGCUGUCCUGCAGGAAUAUGUGAAAGCACAAACGUGCGUGGUGAGUAGCGGACGGUUGUACAUGUAGCUCAACUAGUCAGGUAAAAAUUGUAUCUAGCAUUGAGUAGCUUCUAACCUGCUACGACAAUCUUAUGUAUGCCCUUUUAUCCAUGGACUCAAUUAUCACCCGUGUACCCGGUAACCCAUGCACCCGAAUGCCUAUGUACCCAAAUACCCAUGUACCCAAAUACCCAUGUACCCAAAUACCCAUGUACCCAAAUACCCAUGUACCCAAGUACCCGUGUACCCAAAUACCCAUGUUUCACAAAAUACCCAUGUACCCAAAUACCCAUGUACCCAAAUACCUGUGUACUCAAAUACCCGUGUACCCAAAUACCCAUGUACCCACCCAGUACACCUCAAAAGCAUGCUUACUGCAUAUACUUCGAAGUACAAUCAUAUGAAUGCAUACUUUGAGGACUGCAAGCUUUGUGUGUUCGUGGGAGGUUAUAAAUUUGUCUGGUGGGUCACUACUAUUAUUUUCUUUAUUAUCUGCACCGGAUGCCAUUUCUGAAACUUGAUCGCUUUGUACUUACUAAUUAGUAGAAAAGACACCCUCACUCACAUGUACUCACAUGUACUCACAUGUACUCACAUGUAUAUUGCAUCAGCUACAACAGCUAGCUCUGCAUCAUGCAUCGUUUUUGAGUGGCUGAGACGCAAACCCCGCUAAAAGUCCAUUACGGACUGUAUUUUCUCAACUUUUGAGAGAAACAGGCAGACAAUGGCAAAGGCCUUCCGGUGCAUUAUAUAUAUUGUAAUUGCAGCUGUGUUCUAAGUCUUUGAAUUUGA